AUGUCUUCCAAUACAGGACAUAACCCAGCGGCUUAUGACCCAGCGGUGAUUUACUGGGAUUGGGAAGGCACAAAGGCCAUAGCACGCCCGCCACCAGGGCUAGAACAUCCUUCAAAGGUUUCGAAGUAUCCACCUGGGCUUGGUCCCACCGAGCAGUCCCCAUGGGAUAAGCCUUACUUCCAACGACCAGGGAGUAGGUCGAGGGCAGGUACAUUAAGGCGUGCUGAUGUCCUUAUUGGGGACCCAAAAGUCCAGCCAGACAUCAAUCUCGAGAAAUUUACUAUUUCAGUUGAGGCCCGUCGAGACUCCGAAGAUAAGCCAAUACCUUCCAAGAACAUGCCGGAUUUUCCAGAAACCCUUUACUCCGAAUCCAAGCGUAAGGUCUUUGAAAAAAUGGGGCAUGGAUUUAUUGAGAGUCUACAAAAAUUGGAUAAGUCUAAUGGGACUGGAAUAAUCACUGAUUUUAGCCCAAUUUUGGAGGAUCAUUGGAAUCAACUUGCAGAAUUUUAUUCAACAAUAGUUUCCGCAGCCCGAAUGCUGAAGAGUGAAGCCGCCAACUCUACGCAUUUGCCUGUAUUUAAUGAUUCGCCUCCAAUCCUCCAACCAUCACCUGAUCGUAAAUCUUCCCCACAAGAAGAGCGUGCAACCAAGGAAGCUUUUAAAUCUUACUCUACCCUUAUAGAGGAGUCGAAGAAAAAAAUGCCUUCUACUUCCUCGACACCGGGGAAACGGACAACUCAUGGCCCAACUAAUGAGGACGCAGGCGGUUUAGGACAAGAAGAUCCAAGAAUUCUGGGUCUAGUCGAUGACACAAAUCUAGACUUUUCCAUGGCCGAACAAAUGCCUGAUGCCAAACUCGACAAGAUUAGACCUGUUGCAUCUGAAAUUAGCACAUUUGAGAGCAAGCUUUCAGAAGCCAUCAAGAGCGUCAGGGUAAACUUAAAACCAUUUGACGCCACUUGGAACGAGUCUCAGGCGGAGGGCUAUGGGCACGUCGAAGUUGUCCCUAGAAAGACUGAAGGAGCAACUCUACACGCUGACACUCAAAUCGAGCUAGAGAUGCAAGAGAUGAUUCAACGAGAUAAUGAUGACAAGUCCAAUCAUUUCAACCAAGCAGAAACCUCUGUAGAUACCGGUGUCAAGAAGUCGACCGAGUGCAUGCAAGCCGAAGACACAUGUACCGGAUCAGCCAACGACAUCACCCUAAAAACAACAGGUGUGGAGGCCGAUCUUAACGAAUCACAUAGCAAGGGAAAGGAAUUUAUAUUCAAACCUUUUGAAUCAGAAAAAUACUAUUCUGUUGUGAAAGAUGAAUCUGUGAAAGAGUCUUAUCUUUCAGGAGAAACAGAUAGAGCUGAGCUGAGCCACACUCAUAAAAAGACACUCAAUCCGACCAUAAACAGAAACACUUCAUUUUAUUGCAAUUACAACAACGUAUCGUCAGCAGCAGAUUCUUUGUUCAACCUUGAUUGCGGCAGUACUCCCGAAGAAAUUACACCCGGAGAGGCCAGCCAUCUAGCAGCAAUUACUGCUGACUCAACAAACAUAUCAAUAAUAGACAAAGAUGAAAAAACCUUGGGUCUACUUGAGGCUGAUAGUAACGACUCCUUCUCACUUUCAAGUGAAUCUUCUCUAUUUGUAGGGUCAACUCGAGAUGAACUUGAAAAAUUACAAAUUGAAGUUACAAAUCAACUAGAAAAGGCGAAGGCUGAUGGUGGCUCAUUUACUACAAAAUGGAUGAAUCAAUUUGGCAUCAAAAUGGAAAAGAGAAGUGAGGUUGGUAUCAAACCCGAUUUUGAAGCAGGGGUCGAUCAAGCUGGUGAAGAUAAACAUUCCGCAAGUGUUUAUUAUGACGUUGAGGUUAGCAGUGAUAAUGAAGACGAGAUAACAGAUGAUAUGGAAGAAGUACUCGCGCCUAUGAUUGAAUCGAUUACAGAAGGAUCUGAAAUUGAUGAAAGUGCAAAAGAAUAUAACUACGAUUUCGAGGACCAAACAAGUAUCAGAACUAAUGAUAAUAGGGCAGAUAUCAAAGCCAAUAACAACGGAAGUGGAGAUGGCAAAAAACCAGGAGAGGGCGGUGAUGAUUUGAGGCCGCUUGAGCAAAUAGUAGCUGAGUCUGAGACAGAGCCCGGCACAGGGAGAGAAGAGGGUGAUGAUGAAGCUGGAGAUCUGGCGGACGGAAAGAACUUCGAACUUGCAAGUAAUAAGCGCCAGACAGGGGGUAAACCUGACGGGGCUGUUAUCCAUAUCAAGGACACGGAGAACGAUGAAGAUGGUGACAAGAUGGGCAGAAUGGAUUCAGAAGAGCUGGGCACUUCCAAACUCUAA